UCCCAGACUGUUGGGUCAUCCAGAAAGCUGGGAGAUGUGACAAGCGCACGUCUAAUAUCGCCCCGGGUUCAGUCAUGGCUGCUGGGGCCACAGAUGCCUUCUGUGUUGAGUCCAUGGUCCAGAAUAGAUCCUAUAAAGUCAGGCUUGCUGGGAUGCCGUCACCUUGUCCAUGGUAUCUGCUGACUGCUGUUCUGGUCUUCUUCACCUGGUGUGGAACAAAGUAUUUACUACUGCUUGACAGCCUUUGGACAAAGACCCAGGGCUGGGGGCCCGAGCUACUGACUGAUCACACGUACUGUUGUUGACUCACCACGGCCCAGCCCGUGGAACUGCCCCCUGAUAGACCCUCUAAUCAUAGGUCCUCUUAAUCCUACAGGGACCUAGGUUAAAAUUAGAACCACUACAUUGCCUGCAUGGCCAGUCAGUCAGGCAGCCAGGCAGGGCAGCCAGCCAGUUAGAAAGUAGUUGUUGCUGUGAAAGUCUAAUCUGUCCUCUUGUGUCUCAGCUUGUCUAACAAACAAACAGGAAAGAGGCUUAGCAGGGUCACCUCUCUCUCCCUCCCUUUCUGUCCAUCACACUUUCUCUCUCCCUCUCCUUCCUUCCCUCCCUCCCUCUCUCUCCCCUCUCUGGGACUCAUCCAGGGGCAUGGUCUAGCCGUGUGUGGGACUAUAGAAGCUCCUUGGUGUCCGAGCCUGCAACUUCUGCGUUUGUAACCCAACACCCGGUGUGUGUGUCCGCUGUGUGUGUGGGUGUGUGUGUGGAGCAGCACCGUGUCUGCAGUCGGUGUGUCCGUGGUGCUCGAGGGAUCCCUCUCUCCGGUACUGCCCGGCUCCCAGCGAUGCUGGCCGUGUGCUAAGAGAGGGAGAUGCUGGCGUGUGCUGAGAGGGAGAUGCUGGCCGUGUGCUAAGAGGGAGAUGCUGGCCGUGUGCUGAGAGAGGGAGAUGCUGGCCGUGUGCUGAGAGGGAGAUGCUGGCCGUGUGCUGAGAGAGGGAGAUGCUGGCCGUGUGCUGAGAGGGAGAGCAGAUUUCUGGACGGAGGAGCCCCAGGUUGGAGAAGAGGACAAGGUAAACAUCUGUGACUGCCUGCCUGCCUGCUUGUAUCAGGAUGAGAAGGGUUAUUCACACCCACGCCUGCAUCAGCAGCUCUCUCUGCCCGGGAAACCUGAACUCCCAUCCUCUCAUCUGCUGUCUGACCAGAGGACCAGGGAGGGGGAGAGACGGCAGGCAGGCCGUCUGGCCAGGCAGUCUGUGUGGACGUGUCCUGGAGGGCUUAACUGAGUUAUCAGUCUCCCUCCGUCACAGCCAGGAGCUGGGCUGGUGUGUGGUCUGUUUGUCAGGAGGCAGCAGGCGUGACACACCCUGCUUGUCGCCAAGCGGGGAUUGGAUCAGUCGGUUGGCGGGCGUGGCCGGCGGGCUGGCUCCUCCCCCUCCCGGCGGCAGCGUGCGCUCCCAGCCGCCCCCUCCCUGCGCCCCGCCCUGCUCGCCCGGCCUGCGCGCCCGCGCCCAUGCCCCCGCCCCCUCCCGGCCCCCCAACGUCAUGUGCCUCCCGCACGCCAUGGAAGCGGGCAAGCACGGCGCGGGCCCGGCGGUAGGGCAGGCCCAGGGGGGCCCGGUGGGCCAGGGGGGCCGGAGGGGCGGGGGGGUGCCCCUGGAGCCCUUCGUGCACCAGGUCGGAGGUCACACCAGCAUGAUGCGCUACGACGACCACACGGUCUGCAAGCCCCUCAUCACCCGGGAGCAGCGCUUCUACGAGUCCCUGCCCCCCGACAUGAGGGAGUUCACCCCCGAGUACAAAGGGAUGGUGCUGGUGUGCUUUGAGGGGGACAUGGACGGCUACAUCAACCUGGUGGCGUACCCGUACGUGGAGACGGAGGGGGCGGAGCACGAGGAGCUGGGGGAGAGGGACCAGCCGCGACGCAAACACUCCCGCCGCAGCCUUCACCGCUCCAGCAGCGAGCGCUCCAGCAGCGAGCACAAGGACGAGCGGCCCGCGCACGAGAGCGACAGCAGCGAGAACCUGCAGGAGCUGAAGAGUCCUCGCCUGGAGCUGCAGAUCCACUCGGAUGUUCCCUUCCAGAUGCUGGACGGUAACAGCGUCCUGAGCCUGGAGAAGAUCUGCCACAACCCCUGGAGCCUGCGCUGCCACAAGCAACAGCUCAGCCGCAUGCGCUCAGAGUCCAAGGACAGGAAGCUCUACAAGUUCCUGCUGCUGGAGAACGUGGUGCAUCACUUCAGCUGCCCCUGCAUCCUGGACCUGAAGAUGGGCACCCGGCAACACGGGGACGACGCCUCGGAGGAGAAGGCGGCGCGCCAGAUGAAGAAGUGUGAGCAGAGCACCUCCGCCACGCUGGGGGUCCGAGUCUGCGGCAUGCAGGUGUACCAGAUGGACACAGGCCACUAUCUGUGCAGGAACAAGUACUACGGGCGUGGUCUGUCCAUUGACGGGUUCCGCCAGGCGCUGUACCAGUACAUGCACAACGGUGCGGGGCUGAGGAGGGAUCUGUUUGAGCCCGUCCUGGGGAAGCUGCGCAGCCUGAAGGCCGUUCUGGAGCGCCAGGUGUCCUACCGCUUCUACUCCAGCUCCCUGCUCAUAAUCUACGAGGGCAGGGAGCACCCGGGCCCGCCCCCUGCUCAGCCCCCCGCCCCAGGCCACGCCCCCGGCCACGCCCCCACAGAGCUCCGGAAGGGCCCGGUCGACGGGCCCUCGGAGAAGGAGGGCGCGCGUCCAGGAGGAGGGACGGGUGGGGCGGGGACUCAGGGAGGGCCAGUUGAAGGCCCCCAGCCCCCCAAGCCCCCACAGGUUCCCCAGCCCCCCAAGCCCAUGCAGGUGGUGCCCCAGACCCCCAAGCCCCCACAGGUGCCCCAGCCCCUGGCGGACUGCCCCCAGCUGCAGCCGGAGCGCACCCCCACCCCCACGCCCUCGGAACGCCACGGCGACGCGACGCCGCCCGGCGUGGACGUCCGCAUGAUCGACUUUGCCCACAGCACCUACAAAGGUUUCCGCGACGACCAGACGGUGCAUGUCGGGCCGGACCGCGGCUACGUGUUCGGACUGGAGAGCCUCAUCACCAUCCUGGAGGCCAUCCGAGAAGAAAACAAGUAGCCCCCGGACUCAGCCCGCCCCUAAAUCUCCCACCUUUCACCUCUCCACCUCCUAUCCUGAAGCGCUCCUCCUCUAUGACCCCCACAGAGAGAACAGGAAACCAGACAGACGGCAGGACCAGACAGCGACUGAGGUGAAGGAGCCCGCUGACAGUUGAAGAUGUCGGGGUUUCGGGGUCCCUGAGGGGCCAGAAAGCCACCGGACUCAGACUCAACCUUCAGCUUCUCCCUCCUCACUGGUCUCUAGGGAGAGCUGGGGGGGGGGGAGGGGGGCAGCUACACACACACACAACCACCCCAUAAUAAUAAUAGCCUCCUGGACAGAAAUGGCUGCUAUGAUUCUGGGAAACACAGAGGGUCAUCAGGUCUGCCUUGUGUGGGGGGGGGGGGGUGGGGGUUCGUCGCCACCGUGUGGCCAGUUUAAAUAUUGCGGAGGUUCGGAUCAGGGUGGGAAGAGGAGGGGGAGGCAGCCACUGCUCAGGGCAAGUUCAGGGUCAGCCUCUCUUUACUGGGGGGGAGGGGGGUGUAUCUGCCUGUGAUGAGGGAUAGGGUAGGGGGGGGGGUGAGGGAGGGAGGGAGGUAACACACACUCCCACUGCAGUUGUUCUAUCAGGUGUCUAAAUGAGAAACCUAAACGCCGGCAGCGUCUCAAUAGCCUCAGCUGGUUUCCUUUCCUCCUCGUCAACAUCGCUGAUCUUACAGGACGACGCGCAAAAGCAAUAUUGAGGACCCUCGUCGGGCACGCUGUCAUUGGCUGUCGGGUCAUUUCAGGGCGUUUCUUCUCAGUAUACGGUGAGCGAUGGGAAGGGGGCGAGGAGGGGAAGGGGCCAUGUUGAAGUAUCGGGACUGGGCCGCUGGCUGCUGUUUGUGUGAGCUUUACUGUAAAGGGAGGUGAAGGGUCAGAAGAAUUUCUUCUGUUCUCCAGCAGAGCAGGGGAAGAGGAGGCCUGCCAGGCCUGGGUUUCAACACACCUCCUCCUCCGCUCUGACUGGAACCUCAUUUAUAACCGGUCAGCAUUUUAUUAUGUUUCUUUUUAUAGUUCCCUUACUCAGUGUUAAUAGAGCCACUGUAUUAUUACCUUAUUAUAUGAUUUUAUUCUCCUUUUUUUCAUUUUGUUGUUGUUGUUGUGACAGUUCUUUCUUUCUUUCUUUUUACCGCUCUGCUGUUACCAGAUGCUGGUAGCUCAGUCAGUCCCAGGCAUGUCAGUGGGACCAUGUACUCAUCCUCAGUCUGCACUCAUCCCUGUGUUAACAAGCCCCCUUCUAGGGACUCGUCCCUGAAAUCAUCCCCCUAUUGGUUUGCACUGUAGAAGGUGUCUAAAAGCAUCAAAGCAUGAUAUUUCCCCUUUUUCUUUUGACUUCAUUUUUUUUAUUUGGGGUUGUUUCAUGGGGGCAGACUAUAAAUGAAUUCCUCUUUCACUGACACUCAGUGAUAUUUCGUUCUUUGUUAGCACAUGUAGCAGAGAGAUAGAACCUGUCCACACACGGCUCCUGGGCCCUCCACCUUCCAGCACCUUCCUGGAUCUGUAAAGACCUGGCCAGACGCAGUCACGGUGGUGUGGGUGACUCUUGACGCUGGCCUCUCGUGGUCCUGCCUGUCCAGGUCCUCUCACCUACAGACCCGCCACCAGAGUGUGUUGGUGGUAGGAAGGAGGGUUUUUGGUAGGCUUUUAGUAGUCUCCAUCACUCUCCCCUCCCUGUGUGCUUGUGUCCCCUCUCCUCCCCCCCCCCCUCUCCCCCCCCCCUCUCCUCCCCCCCCUCUCCCCCCCCCCCCUCUCCUCCCCCCCCCCUCCCCCCCCCCUCUCCUCCCCCCCCCUCUCCCCCCCCCCCUCUCCUCCCCCCCCUCGUCUCCCCCCCCUCUUCCAUCCUGGAGGGAGCAUCCCAGUGUUGUGUCACCUGGUUAGGGUGUUCUCUGUAUAGAUGGAACAAUGUUGCACUGUAGCCAUAAUCGUCAUGUUUUGGUGAUUCGUGGAUUCUUUUCUCCCCUCAGGCUUUUACUGCAGGGCAGUCCUGUCUCCAUGUGUGUGUGUGUGUCCGUGGGUCUGUCAGUGUGUCAGUCGGACAGUUUGUGUUUGAGCAGGGACCUUCCCUAAAGCACUAUCACCCCGGCGUCAUCUUCCAUCCAGGGGUCGACAGGGGCAACCUCUGACCUGUGGAGAGUUUGACCCCGGCCCAGUCAUCACGCGCUGUAGCUUCACGUCCAGGCUCACAACACAACAGUAGCACACAAAGUAGCUUUGCUGGGGGCCAAACCAACACGUGGGGGUCAAACGAUGUCUGUGUUGCUGCACAUGCUGUAUGUGUAUGUUCAUCUUAUGCAUUCAGAGAUAGGAAACACAGUAAGGAGUUCUUGGUGACCCCCCCC